UGUAGAACUGUGUUGCGUGUUUGUGUAUUCGUUUAUAAUGUAUAAGGCAUUCUGUAUAUCGGUAUGAAGCGAUGUUUGUGUCAAUUUCACACUAAAAUUGCAUAUGGCGACGAGUAUAGACGUGAUUUUACGCUCGUCACGAUAAUUUUUCCUUCGUUUAAACCAAUCUAUUGUAUUUCGUAUGAAACAAAAGCGAUUUUAAUAUUGUUGCAAACAAAAUCAACGACGUAGACGUUAGGAAUAAAAUAAAACAGUGCAAAAAACCGAAGCAGCAACAAUCAUGGCCAAACGAAGUGAAGAUGUGCUCUUAGAAAUGGGAGCUGUUCGGUAUAAAAAAGGUGAUGGUACAUUGUAUGUAAUGAAUGAGCGCAUUGCAUGGAUUGCCGAAAAUCGUGACAAAGAAUCCGUUUCACUUGAAUAUGAAAAAAUAAAAAUGCAAAAGAUUUCACCAGAAGGAAAACCAAAAGUUCAACUCCAACUUGUCAUGACCGAUGAACUUGUCAUGAACAGUACAUUUCAUUUCAUCAAUCCGAAUGGGAUUAGGGCACAGACUGAAGACAGAGAUAAGGUUAAAGACUUACUGCAAUCAUUAUUGCCAAAAUUCAAGCGUCAAGUGGACCAAGAGCUUGAAGAGAAAAAGCGCAUUCUAACGGAAAAUCCACAUUUACUGCAAAUGUACCAGGAUCUGGUGAUCACGAAGGUGUUGACAAGUGAAGAGUUUUGGUUAACGCACGCUAAAAAAUACACAGAUAAUCAGAAUGCUCAAAAACAAGAUAUCGGCGUUUCGGCGGCUUUUCUUGCCGACAUUAAACCAACCGCCGACGGUGCAAAUGCAUUGAAAUACAAUUUGACGGCCGAUAUUAUUCAAUGCAUUUUCAAAACAUAUCCGGCUGUGAAGCGAAAGCAUUCAGAAUAUGUACCGACUGAGCGAAUGAGCGAAUCUGAAUUUUGGACAAAAUUUUUCCAAUCGCAUUACUUUCAUCGCGAUCGACUGUUGGCCGGUAACAAAGACAUUUUCAGCGAAUGCGGUAAAUUGGAUGACAAAGCAAUGGCUGAGGCGGUCAAUAAAACCACCGGUGAUGUUUUAUUGGAUUUGCGAUCGUUCCAAGAUAAUUCGCUGGAGGAGGGAUUCGGUGGUGCGGUUAGUGAUAAAAAUGGCGUUAACAGUGGCAACAUUAUACAUCAAAAUAUGGUAAAACGUUUCAAUCAACAUUCGAUGAUGGUACUGAAUACAUGCCAAAAAACCAACGAACAAAAUACAAACGGUAAUUGUCAAUCCAGUGAUAAAAGUAACAAAGACGUGGUUGAUGCGUCAAACGAAAAUGAACCGGAAAAGAAACGAGCUCGAAUCAUGGAGAAAAUACGAUACGAUGAUUUGGUAACGGACGGCACAUCCGAAUCAGUGGCCAAUGGAAAUGCAAGCAGUGUGAAUUCGGCUGCAUCUGAAUUAAGCUUAUUGAAAAUUGAACGGUAUUUACAUGGGCCAGUGCCGGACACACAUACUACCGAUGGCAAUGAUAGUCUCAACUCAAUAAGAGUAACACACGAACAAAUUCUGAAAGCAGCCGAAAUGUGGGGCACUCGAACGCCACAAAAACUUCUGAUUAAUCCAAAAUCAGCGGUCAAUGUACUGGGCGAAUUGACACCAGGCGGUGCACUUAUGCGUGGCUUUCAAGAACAAUCACUGUCUCAAUUGGUGCCACCAAGCAUUGAAAAAGAGCUUCGCAAUUUGUAUUUGGCAUUGAGUGAAUUGCUGCGUCAUUUUUGGCAUUCAUUCCCACCAUCGACGCCAGAAUUAGAAGCAAAAGUCAUUCGAAUGCAUGAUGCUGUUCAAAGAUUUGCCGCCGUCAGAUUGGUACCAUUCGAGGAAAACGUAAUACGAGAAGCAUCACCUAUUGGCACAUCAAUUACACAACAUUUGAAUCGUUUGAUUCGAACGGCCUCACAGAAAUUCAACACAUGGCAAGAACGCAAAAAUCGACUUAAUAAAUAAAUUAAAUUAUUACAUAUUAGUAUUUAUAUGGUUACAUCAUAUCACACACACACAACUCACUACAAAAAUGAAUUGAACUAUUGUUAUUUAGAUAGACUUUCUAAUGAAUAUUCACUCAAAUUACAUGUAUUGUUCUACGGCUAACGAAAAACAAAAAAAAAAAUAUAAAUUCU